CGAUUUCACUCACCCCUCCUCGCCCUGUCUAAUGGUACGGCCCAGAGUGCGCCGCCCAAAGGCCUCCGGCCGGGAAGCGCCACCGCCUGGGUUCGACUGCGCUGGGGGAGACGCUGCUGGGCCCUUGUCCCAUGGCGCUGCCAGGUGGAAAUAAGGAUAAUAUCAGGGCAGGAUGCAAGAAGUGUGGCUAUCCUGGUCAUCUGACAUUUGAAUGCAGAAACUUUCUCCGUGUGGACCCCAAAAGAGACAUUGUUUUAGACGUUAGCAGUACGAGCAGUGAAGACAGCGAGGAAGAGGAGCUGGGGAAACUGCAGGCCUUACCAGAGAAAAAGAAUACAAGUCAGGAGGAGGAAAAGAAGAAUCUAAAAAGAAUAAGCAAAGAAAAAUCCAAAUCAAAGAAAUUAAGGAAAAGAUCUUAUUCAUCAAGUGUCACUGAAGAAGAAGAUCCAAAACCAAAAAAACAGAAAUCCCACAAAAAAGAAAGGAAAAAGGAGAAAAAGAGUAAAUCUAAGAAAGGAAAACAUCACAAAAAAGAAAAAAAGAAGAGAAAAAAAGAAAAACAUUUGUCAUCUGAUAGUUCAAACUCCUCUAGUAGCGACUGAGGAGUUAGUGCAUUCAGCUUUCAUUACCCUGAAAGAUUAGGAUUGUUUACCUUUCAAAUCUAUCCUAUAUGUGCUUUACAAUACUGUCAGGUUAAAAAAAUUAUAUAUUUUAAAAGUACAUUUAUUUACAAAUAUCCACACCUUAGGUUAUUAAAAUGAAAUAUUUGGAGGUGGGAGGGAAAUCUACAUGUUGUUUUUUGCAAUUAAUGGUGUUUCGCUAUUUUCAUUCUAUGCAAGUUGGACCAAGAAAAUAGACUAGUUGUUUAAACUUUUGUGAUUAGUUCAUUUCUAGUCAGUUUUUGAUUGCUAGCUCCCAUGCAUGACCAGAAUAUUCAGAUUGCGAACACGUUCAGGGAAAGAUUUGAACUAAUUAAAAUAUGCUUUCUACUGGAAUUUUUAAAAAAAUUUGUUGAAACAUUUUUAUUAAUUUUGUUUUCUAAAAUCUUGAUUUUCAUUAAAAUAAAAACCUACGUGUUUGACAUAAUUCCAUAUCAGCCACCACUUAAAAGCAAUAAAUAGAGACAUUGAUGAAUAAAAAUAAGGACAUUGAGCUAGAAGAAAGCUGGGGUUUUUUUUUUGUUUGAAGGGACAGAGUAAGGGAAGAAAUAGUAAAUAUUUGCUACAAAUAAGAAUAGUCUUUUAAAACUGAUCUGGUAAUGUACUUUGAAA